GCGUAUAUAUAGUGGACGAGGGGGCUGGUCAAGGCAUCAGUUGACGUCCUCUGGCAACUGGCAACGACUCAAGCAACAUGAGGACCACUGCUCUGGUAUACCUCGCCGCCGUGCUGGUCGCGUCAGCACUAGCGGAAGAGGCUCGCGGCAGUUACGCGGCCAAGAAGCACGACAAACGCGGCAUCCUCACCGGGGAGCACUCCGUCGGCGACUUCAUCGGCGCAGGAGCCCUUCUGGGCGGGGGCAUCGGAGGUGGCUACAUCGGCAGCGGCCUGGGCUACGCCGGGGGAUACGGCUACGGCGGCGGCCUGAGUGCCGGAGCCAUCGGCCCGGGUUCCGGACUCGGCGCCGGGUCCCUGGGAGGCGGCGGCAUCGGCCUGGGCGCAGGUGCCGUCGGCAUCGGCAUCGGCGGGCCCAUCGUGACAGUCCAACCUACAGAGACAGUGGUGCAGACCGUGAGGGUGCCCGUCCCCCAGCCCGUCGCCGUCCCGGUCGCCCGCCCCGUCCCCGUGCCCCAGGCGGUCCCCGUCCCCGUCGACCGCCCCGUCCCCGUACCCCAGGCGGUGCCCGUCCGGGUGCCCCACCCGGUGCCCGUGUCCGUCCCCAGCCCCUACCCCGUGGAAGUGCCCAGGCCCGUCCCGGUCGCCGUCCCCCGGGCCGUCCCCGUCCCGGUCCCCCAGCCGUACCCCGUCCGCGUCCCCCAGCCGGUGGCGGUCGGCGUACCCCAGCCGUACCCCGUCCGCGUGCCCGUCGCCCAGCCCGUCCCUGUGCCCGUGCCGGUCAGCUCCGGCUUCUCCACUGGCGCCGUCGUAGCCGUCGGCGGUCUCGGCUCCGGACUCGGAGGAGGCUACGGCCUGGGAGGUGCGGGGCUGUCGUCCGGCUACCUCGGCUCUGGACUGCUGGCCGGUGGAUACGGCUCCAGUGGGAUACUCUCGUCCGGUCUGUACGGCGGUGCCUACUCUGGCAGCCUACUCUCUGGCCACGGCUACGCUGGAAGCUACAAGAGCUACCACUAGAGCUCUCACCCGACACUGUCGCUGGGGAUACUCGACGUCUGUCCCCAAAUUAGUGAGGGCGUGUGAACCGAACCACGCAUUGGAGGUGGCUCCUAAAUGGUGUCGAAUGGGCUUUGUAGUACCUGAAAAGCAGCUUUCUCAUACCAAACAGCAGACCUCCAUUCCACAUUCAGCCCUGUUUGUUCAUUCACUUACAUUUUCUUCAUUUCAUUUACGUGAGACUGCCAUUCGAUUUUCAUAAAUUUCGCGACUGAUAUGUAAUCAUUUUUGUACUUACUUAGAAUGUAUGUCAUUGCUAUGACGGUGCAAUAAAUAUACUGUUUUAAGUAGAAA